AUGAAGGGAUAUUUAAUUUUUGCCAUUCUUCUAAUUCUUACCAUUGGCACGGAGUUGGCAUUCGGUGAUUGCCUUUCUGGAAGAUAUGGAGGUCCAUGUGCAGUAUGGGAUAACGAUACUUGUCGCAGAGUAUGCCAUGAAGAAGGGCGUGGAGGCGGACAUUGCAGUGCCAGUUUGAAGUGUUGGUGCGAAGGAUGUUAA